AUGGACGAUUCCACUGAUCUCUUUCCCAUCGGAAUGCGCGUUCUUGCCGUCGACGACGACCCCACUUGCCUCAAAGUCUUGGAAGGUCUCCUCCGAAGAUGUCAAUACCAUGUAACUACAACUAGUCAAGCUAUAACGGCAUUGACUAUGCUGAGAGAAAACAAAGACAAGUUUGACUUGGUUAUCAGUGAUGUGCACAUGCCAGACAUGGAUGGAUUUAAGCUGCUUGAACUUGUGGGACUUGAGAUGGACCUUCCUGUUAUAAUGUUGUCUGCGUAUGGCGAUACGAAGCUGGUGAUGAAGGGGAUUUCCCAUGGUGCUUGUGAUUAUCUGCUGAAACCUGUGAGAUUAGAGGAGUUGAAGAAUAUUUGGCAGCAUGUGAUUAGGAAGAAGAAAUCUGAUUCAAAGGGGAAAAACAAAAUGAGCAAGCCAGACAACACUACUUCUGAUAGUGGCAGCGGACUAAGAUCGGCAGGAACAGAAAAUUCAGAUGAAAAUGGGAAGCUUAAUAAGAAAAGGAAGGAUCAGGAUGAAGAUGAAGAUGAGGAUAAAGAGAAUGGUAACGACAAUGAGGACCCGUCAGCUCAGAAGAAGCCUCGAGUUGUUUGGUCUGUGGAGUUGCACCGCAAGUUUGUUGCUGCUGUAAAUCACCUUGGCAUUGACAAGGCUGUACCCAAAAAAAUUCUUGAUAUGAUGAAUGUCGAAAAUAUUACAAGGGAGAACGUGGCUAGCCAUCUCCAGAAGUAUAGACUUUAUCUGAAAAGAAUUAGCUGUGUGGAAAACCAACAAGCUAGUAUGGCAGCAGCCUUAGGGAGUGCGGAUCAAUCUUAUUUGAGAAUGGGCGGUUCUGGACAUUUUCACAACAAUGCUUUCAGAUCUUUUUCACCUAGUGGGAUAAUUAGUAAUCUGAACACUCCGGCUAGUCUGAAUGGACACGGGUUUUCUCCAUCCGGACUACUUCAGUUGGGCCAAUCACAAAAUUUAAACAAUUCUUCCAAUGAUCAAUUCAAAUUCCAGUCGGCCAUAACUCCUGUUAAUCAGAAUAUUCUUCAGGGUAUGCCAAUGUCUAUAGGGUACGAUCACUUGCAAAACAACAAGGGUAUUAUUUCUGUUCAAAAUUUGAAUACUGAUGUAAAACCAAGUUUUCCCAUUCCAAGUCAAUUCCCGGAUCAAAGACCUAGAGUAAUUAACUCUAGUUUUCAUACUCCAAGUCUCGGUAUUUCAAACAAUGCCUUGAUGUCAGAAACACACCCUGAAGGAAAACGAGGUAUAGGGAUAGGAUAUGAAAGUUCAUCAUCUUCUUCGUUAGCUUCUCAACAUUCAGAAUUUUCUUUCAAUAUGCUGGAUCAAGGUAGGCGUAGUGAUAAUUGGUCAAAUGCUGGACAGUUAUCUGGGAUCCAGACAAAUUCUUUUCCUUCAAGUGAAUGUUUUAGACAAACAGCUAUUCCUCCUUCAGAUAACAUGGCUUCUUUGCCCUUGCAAGGGGUGUAUCCUGGUGGUCAAACCCAUGGUUCAUUGGCAGAUAUACACUCCCAAGGAGGAAUUUUUAGUAAUCCACCUGAGUAUAUAAACAGUAAUUUACCGUUCCAAGGAUGGGAAGAUCAUAAUCAGGAUGCUCCUUACCACUCAAAUGUUACUUGUGGAACAAUUAACUCUCCCCCUCCCGUUAACAGUGCUGUUGUUCCCCUAGGCCAAACAACAACGAACUCGACCUUGCAUAGAAGCAUGGACACUAAGUUUUGUGAUUCCAUACAAAUGAAGCAUGCUGGAUUCACCGAAUGCUCCUCAUCAAGACAGCCUCGAGCAAAUAUCAUAAGCCAGCAGCAAUUUUCUAAUAAUCUUGGUUCACUGGAAUACUUGGCGAGUUCAAUGAUGGAACAGGAGCAAGAUAAGAUGAAGUUAAUGGGUGGAGACUUCAUAUGCGAUAACUACUCUGGCGGGGUAUCUUUGUGA